UUUAUUUUGCAGAAUAUUAAAACAUGUGUGACUUUGCUCCAUUAAAGAAUGACCUUUUUAUUCGAGCUGCAUUCUGUGAAAAAGUGGAACGGACUCCAGUAUGGGCAAUGCGGCAAGCUGGAAGAUACUUAAAAGAAUUUCAAGAAGUCCGAGCCAAGCAUGACUUCUUCACUGUCUGCCGAACGCCGGAGUUGGCAUGUGAGGUCACGCUACAACCACUAAGGCGAAUGGAGCUCGACGCUGCCAUUAUAUUCUCGGAUAUUCUCGUCAUACCGCAAGCACUGGGCAUGGAGGUUCAGAUGGUUCCUGGCAAAGGGCCUGUAUUUCCAAAACCCUUGGCCAACCCAGAGGACUUGAAAACAUUGAAUCAAACACCAGACGUGGAUAAAGAACUCGGUUAUGUGUUUGACGCUAUAAAACUUACGAGACAAAAACUAGAUGGGAAAGUCCCUCUUAUAGGAUUUAGUGGGGCACCCUGGACACUCAUGGCAUACAUGGUCGAUGGGGGUAGUUCUGCCACGUUUUCUAAAGCACGUUCGUGGCUGUUUCGGUCGCCAAAUGAGAGCAAAGCAUUGCUGGAUAUGCUAACUGACACCACCAUUAAAUACUUGGUAAACCAAGUCCGUGCUGGUGCACAAGCUUUGCAGGUUUUUGAAAGUCAUGCUGGUAUACUGGGUAGUUCAACCUUUGCCAAAUUCUCACUGCCCUACCUUGCAAAAAUCGCAACCCAAGUCAAAAAACAGCUAUCAGAUUUAGGCAUACAACGCGUGCCGCUUAUAAUUUUCGCAAAAGGCGCUCAUUACGCUAUAGAAGAACUUAGCGCUACCGAUUAUGACGUAAUAAGCCUAGACUGGACGAUGGACGUAAAACGCGCGCGAGAAAUUUGUGCCAAAAAAUCCAAGGCUUUGCAGGGAAAUUUGGACCCUGCGAUGCUGUACGCAGGCGUGGACGAAAUAUGUAGCGCCACAAAGAAAAUGGUCGAGGAUUUCGGCGUUACAGGGCACAUUGCUAAUUUAGGGCACGGUAUGUACCCAGAUCUAGACCCAGAACACCUUAAAGCGUUCGUGAAUUCCGUGCACUCAGCUUCCGAAGAGAUUAUUAAUUCCGCCUAAAUAUGACCAUGUACAGCUGAAAAAAAACAAUUUUUCUGGCAAUUAGUAAAUUUCAAUGUUUUUUUGAUUUUUUGAAUUUUCUUUUGUAGCAAUAAUAAUAUCGUUUCGGUGUUUUUUUAUUUCGUUUCAACGAAGGCAUACGAAUAUGUACAAAACAAAAAUAGACAACCAUAUUAAUAUAUUCUCCCAAAGUUCACUUUCUGUAUAUCUCUAUGCAUUACGUUUAAUCAUGACUUAAUUAAAAAAAACAACGGUGCAGUUCGUACUUAUGUUCGAAAAUAAAAAAAGUUACAAUGUU